AUGCUCUUCGCCAUCUCAACAUUGCCGCAUCUUGAUAUCUUGGAUAUGCACGAGCUCACUGUCAACCAAUACGUCCUUGAUUCCCUGACCGCCUCGGCGUGCAGACACCUCCGUGUGAAGCUUUCCAUCGAAGACAUGGGCAUUCGGAUUCCAGCUCUAGUUUGGCCGCUAGAGACACUCAGUCUCGAUGUUAGCUGGAACUUUACUACAUGGUGCCACUCGAAAAGCAGCAACAUGGAUGCAUCCUUCCUAUGGGAGAUCCUUUUGCGAAUGUGCUCCCAGAGCCUGCAAACUCUGCGAAUGGGGCACCAGGCGCUUUACGGUAAACCGAUGAAACCGAUCUCGUUUACCUUAAAGUUCCCACGGCUCCGAUUUCUCGAGAUCGCACGGCAGGGCCAGAUUCGGGAUCUCAGCCUUCUCGUCUGGACAGGCUUUGAGAUUCCAGACGAUGCAUCUAUCCGGAUGCUAUCGAACAACCAUCAGCGAAUCACCGCUUUCGGCACGCAAUACGCUCAGUCGGCUGCGUUUCUAGACAGGGUCCUUCCCGUGCUCGCAGACUUCGACCACUUAACAGUCCUCUCAAUGGUCUGGGACGGAACCGAAAUCCCGGAAUCUUCCUCGCAUCUGCUUGCUUUCCUGGUCUCUCUCAAGCACCUGCAUAUAAGCGCUGGCAAUCAGUCGGGUUGGAGACGUAAUUGGGAGAUUAGCCACGACUCUCUGUGUUCUGUCUUGUCACCUCUUGAAAGGCUGAAGAGCCUGUUGUUUACCCGAGACUCGUACGCGAGAGACUGGGGUCCACCUGUAUUCCAGCUCAACCCGGAUUCAGACUACUAUCACACUAUCGGCUUUUCGUGGAGCAGCCAUAUUACGACGAUGAGUCGGUACGUUACUGCAUACUCCAGUGUCUUUUCCAACCUGCAGUUCAUGUUUUUAGGGCAAGUUCCCUUCAAUAUCGACCCGGGUACUUCGAUUGAUGGACCGAGAAAUGAGAACUUCGAAGCGGGGAAAUACUUGUUUGGGAUUUGA